AUGGAUAAGAUCCUGGAAGCCAUCUUGAAUUCUUCGUACCCCGACCACAUGAAACACGGGUUGGUGCGGCGGGUCAUUGAAGCUUCCAAACAGCCCAUGGACAGUGAGCAGUGUUGGUCGAUGCUCGAGCUCUCCACCAAGCUCUUCCUCGUAGGAGACACCAAGUUGAAGAGGUCGGUUGGGAAAGAGCUCUUGGAAGUUUGUGGCCAUUACCACCAGGAGGCGUUUGAGGAGUUCUUCAACGUCCACUUCCUCUUAAGUCUCCUCCAAGAGGGUUACGGGUCCCUAGGGAAAAGGAGUCUGUACGUGCUGGACUACAUCCAACUCGGGCUGCCGUUUGUUUUGGACAGGCCGUCGGCCAAUGACAUUUUCAGCCUCCUGAGGGUUGAGGUUCUCCGGAAAGUCUGCGAGAGGCCGGGGCUGAAACAGUGUGUGAAAAUCAGCAAGCUCUUGACCCAGUACCCGCAAUGUAUCCCCACUGGCAAACGCCAAGCCCUCUUCUGCCAGCAGCUCAUCCGGUGCAUCGGGCAGUUCCGCACCGUCUCGGGAAGAGAAGAGGCCAUUGUGGACUUUCUAGACCAUGUGAUCAAAGUCAGCAGCUUGCUGCAGAAAAUCUGGAAGGCUCAGCUGUCCUCCAUUCUACCGUCCUUGAAAGAACUCUUCACUAUAAUUUCUUCGACAGAAGAGCAGGAGGCGCCCUCGAUCGCGUUAGCCAGCGUGGUCCAGUACGUUCCGCUGGAGCUCAUGGACGGGAUCUUAAGAAACCUCACCAACGACGACAGCAUAUCGAAUGUACAGAUGAUGACGGCGAUCGACAGGAUGAUUGAAUGGGUCUCUUGGCCGCUGGGGAAGAACAUAGACAAGUGGAUCAUAGCCCUGCUGAAGAGUUUGGCUGCUGUGAAGAAGUUCAGCAUCUUGAUCGAAGUCACCCUUUCCAAAAUUGAGAAGCUCCUCCCGCACAUCCCCCGCGUGGUGUCCUCCUUAAUCCGGGAAGACUCCAACUCGGCCGCCAGCUGUUUGGAACAGCUGGCCGAACUGGUCCACUGCAUGUUCUUCCGCUUCUCCGGAUUCCCGGACCUCUACGAGCCUGUUGUGGAAGCCAUAAAGGCACUCCCGAUUCCAAACGAAGACCGCAUUAAGCACCUGCUCGGCCAGAACGCUUGGACCUCGCAGAAGAACGAACUGGCCAGUUUCUAUCCCCGCCUGGCUUCCAAAUCGGAAACGGGGAAGAUCGGGUUAAUUAACCUGGGCAACACCUGCUACAUGAACAGCAUCAUUCAAGCUCUCUUCAUGGCCUCGGACUUCAGGCGCUCGGUGCUCAGUUUGGCAGAGAACAACUCCCAGCCCUUGAUGGCAAAACUCCAGUGGCUGUUUGCCUUCCUAGAGCACAGUCAG